AAAACAUUGCAAAUAUCCAUGAAAAUAAAUAAAAUAUUAAUAAAAAAAUAUUUUAUUUUGGACAAGUGCAAAUGCCUAGAUUUCACUUCAAGGUUAUGUUGACUUAACCUUGACAGUUGGUCUUCUUUUUUCUUAUGUAGUUAUCAAUGGAUUUGUUCGAACUGUUCGGAACAGAAUUCAUUAUCAUAGAUUUAUUAAUUAUUACUUGAAAAUUAGAUAAUUAGUAACUAAUUUAAUAAUAAAAUAAACAUGAGAAAUUAUAAUAAAUAUUUCAUUGACAUAAAAUCUUAAGAAAAGAAUCGUUCGGUUCGCGUUCUUCUUUUUUUUUUUAAACAACCAAAAGGGUUGUUUACGAUUUUGGAUUUUCAGGUUAUGUGACUUCAAGCUCAUCAUUUCAAAAUUUCCCACAGUUUACGACCACAAGUUUCUAAUUUUUUAUUAGGCCCCAGUGUUUUCUAUAUUAAUUAUUAAGAAAUUCAUGUAAAACAUGACACAGUUUACUUUGGGCUAUCGCGAAGUGAUAGCAGACCAAGACCUGAUUGAAAAAUGGACAGAAAUACCGAUUUUCACUGGAGGCGCCCAGAGCACCUUGCAGGACAUCAAAGUAACCGAAAAGGCAAGCGGCUACAGCUAUGCAGAUUCCAACCGUUACUAUACAAGAAAUAGAUUCAUAUACUGGCGAAUAGAUUCAGAUAUCCUCGAACUAAUAGAGCACAGUUUGGAUAUAAACUUAACUGGAAACAAACUUAGAUACAAGUUCAUUGAUAGCCCUAUUCUAGACGGUGUAUCGGUUAAAGAAACAGAGGAUCAUAUUUUUAUAUUGGUCCCUACUGUUUGUAGUGUGCAUAAGUUUACAUUCCCACAUCCAUCAAAAUACCAUAGACAGGAUGAAUUAUUGGACUCACACCUAAAACUGGCUGCCCCUUCUAUUUUCUGUAACGCCAUCCACACUGGGGAUGAUCCUACUAGUUACUACGUGUUCAAUAAUCCAAGCACAGCUAAUGACCAGCUACCGAACUUAGCUAAAUCCUUUUACAAUCCAGACACAGAAGAGGCAGUUUUUAUUCUGGCCUAUCCAUCUGCCGAGCUCCUUUUGAUCAAAUUAAAUUCACAAGGCCGCGCAUUGUGUAUGGAACUAAAAGGUGAAUCGUUGAUGCCCAGAUUUUUAUCGGGAAUAACUGAAAAAUUCAGAUCAAAACAUAAGGACGGCAACCAAAUAAUCAGCGCUUUGAUUGAAGUGUUUGAAUAUGAAGUUUACGCUUUAACUUUGGCCAGAAAUGGACAUUUGAAAUUCUGGUCGUGCAGAAAUGGUCAGUGUGUGGCUGCAAUUGAUAUGAUGCCUCAAGGAUCAGAUAGAUUACAAAAUGCUUUAUUAAGGAAGGCAGAGGGAAAUGUUGAAAGUUACAGCCCCAUAGCAAUAUUCAUGAGUUUCCCAUCCAGAGGACAGUUUCAUAUAUUAAAACCUAUUAUUAAUAAUGAACAAAUUACUAUUGAAGUAGUAAGAGUCAUAGAGUCUGUUGAGAAAAUGGUGUUGGACUUUUCGUUGCAAUCCAACCAAAUUUGGUUGGCUUGUGUCACAGGUAAUACCCAAUGCAGCGUUUAUAUGCGUCCAAUGGAAGGAGGUGGAACUUGGAGGCCUGUCAUCAAGGAAGCUGUUCACGAAAAAGAGGCACUUGAUGGAAAAUCAGAUCCUCGUCAAGUUUAUUCGCAGCACCUUUUCCAUCCUGGAAGAUUUCCAUUAUACACAUUGAAUAAAUCUUUGGGGACUUUAAUGAAAAACGAAGUCAAAUUAACAUCAGUGGCAGCCCUAAAACAAGCCAUAUGCCUAGCAAUAGAAAACGAUAUCCAAAAUCAAUUCGCCGACAUCGAAGAUAUAACCGACGAGGAAUAUUUGGAAAAAGCCAAAUGGUGCUGGGAAAAAUUCUACUCAAGUUGCUGUCAGUAUUAUCAAAUCAGCCUGAAACCCUUAGGCCUGAUGCUUCUGCCUCAAAACUCUGCAGCUAUUCUCAUUAGGAAAGCAACCUUUUCACUUGUCAGACCCAUGGAACCUUUGGAACAUAUGUUUUUGUGCAACGAUUCCGGUUUCAAAGAUCAGUUUAUAAAUUUUGCUCUUUUGGGCGAAGAACAAGACUUACUGGAUAAUGUCAAGAAAUUAUUUGAUUUGAUUGUCUUUAUUGAGAGUCAAAUGAGCAAAAAUUUAAAGACUACUUUUGAAAGGGAAAUUGGUAUUACUUUGCAACCAAAGCUUGUUGUUUCCAGUUUAUGUGAAAUAUUACGUAAAGAGCACCCUAGUAUCCGCGAUCAAGUAAAUGAAUUAAAAAAAGUAAAAGACUUAUACAAAGCGAUACACAAACUAUUGGAUCUAUUACGUCACGACAGUACCCCGGCUAAUCCUGACAACGAAUCCAAUCCUCAGGCAAUGCAUUACUUUAGCAGCGCACUGGGUAUUUCGUUUGUGUCGACUUGUUUAAGGCAACAGUGUCAAAAUCGCUUCGCCAUUUGCAGGAAUUUGUUAAUAAUUUGCCACAGUUUGAACAAUGUUGACGCUGUUACAAGGGACAUACGACAAGCUUGUGAAAGUGAUAUUAUCGAGCUUACUCAGGCUAAUUAUGUUAUGCUUUGGCUGGCUAAUUUGCCUGCAUUCAAUAAUGUGGCACAAGAAUCAGCGCUUCAGCGGUUAAAUACAAUAAAGCUAACACCAGCCUUUAAUGUCACACGAAAUAUUUUUUCACUUUUGGAAGCAUUUAUUUCCUCUACCGGGGGUUAUGAGGCAAGGAAAAUGUUGUCCAAAAUGGAUUAUCAUGGAGAAGCUAGGGCGCAUUGGCAUUUGAGCUUGUUGCCAUUUAUCAGCAACCUUAGAACUAUACUAUGGCCUCUUAAAACCGGCACAAUUUUACCAGAAUGGUUGGUAAGCAGCGGUCAACAUCUGUGGUUGCAGCAAUAUACAAGACUACUAAGUCCUUGGUGUGUACAGAAUAAAUACAGCUGUAAAUUUCUGUUAGCUGCAUCGUUUUUAACAUGUGCAGAAAACCAUAAAGCAUUGAAACUAUUCCAAGCAGCAAGCGAUGGCAUUUUAGUUGAACCUUUUUUACAAAAACUAAUAAAAGACGCACACGAAGGUCAAGAAAAAAUCUUUUAUUAUCUAAAAGUGAUUCAUCUAUUUGAACUACACAAAUCCAGAGAUUGUGCAAUUCAAAUGGCUGUUUACGCCUUGAAGGCAAUUGAACCUGAAAGUGCUUUAGUACCUACGUUGUACUCGAUUAAAUUCAAGCAUCAUUUAGCUUUGAGACAUUACAAAUGGGCUUUUGACGAUUUGAAAGCGAAUCCGGAUUUGGAAAGACGGAAAGACAAUUUGAGGGAUUUGGUUAAAACUUUGUUGGACGAAAAGGAAUUUGAUGUAUUGCUAGGAUUUACUUACGGAGACAUGGAGGAAUUGUUUACUAAUAUUCUGUUUACAAGGGCAAGAGCUACUGAUGCACUUAAUAAUGUGUUUUACGAUAUUUUGUAUUCUCACCAAAUCAACAGGGGGUCACUUUAUUAUAGAUUAGCUGCCUCCAUCAAAUAUGAGCAAUCCUUCAGGCUCUCCCGUUGCAACACCGUCCAAGCUUUAGAAAAACAAGUAAAAUGUUGCCUCAUAGCUAAAAAUGUACUACAACUAACCGAUCCAGAAUAUGCUUGGGUUAUACGUCCUUCUGAUCCUGACGAAGAAGAAACUGAAAUCAUUAUGGAAUCCCUUGCUGGUUCUGGAAAAGACUUUGAAGUUUUCCGUAUUAAAAAGCAAGUAGAAGUCGUUACUGUUGAUACAAUGGAAAAGGAACUUGUUUUCUUGAUGGCCAAACUGAAACUAAUCAAAUUUCAUCCUGAAGCUUCCAGCAAAAUUACAAAUAUUUAUGAAUCUGAAGAACUUGUUAUGCAUUUAAAUAAUGCAGGAUUAUUCAAGGAAGCAUUACAAGUGUGCAAAACCUAUAAACUGUCUUAUGCGUCAGUCUUUAGUGAUUUAACUGGCAGAUGCGUUAUACUCAGUGAAGAUGAAAAUUCGUAUCCUUGUGAUUGGCUAUCUGAAAAUGAUUUCCAAGAUUUGUCGGCAUAUAGGAACAACUAUUCAACACUAGCAUGGGAAUUAUUACAAAAACUAUUAAAAGAAUGUGAAGAACCUAAUUUAACAGUACUUCAUAAAGUGGUUACUGAAAAAAUCAUUAGUAUGAGAAUGUAUUUGCCUUUUUGGUUAAAAGUUUCCUAUAAGAAAAGAAAUUCAGGUGAGCUCCUAAGACUGCUACACUUAUCCGGUCAUUUAGACGAAGCCUUCGAACUGUGCCGAGAAUACCUUCUACUCGCCCUAACAUCUCUAUCACCCAAUUCUCAGGCCUUUUGUAUGCCCGUGUACGAAAUCCAGUCUCUCGUGUACCAGCUUAAGUUGCAAAACGAAAAACAUUUCAACAGGCCUUUUAAAAAUGAGCUCAAAACAUUGAGUGAACUUUUCCAGAAGUACUUAACUAGUGCCAUGCGGAUUUCCAACGAAAAGGCCCAACUUCAGAUGUCAACCUUUGGUACUAUUCCAUUAAAUAGAUAGAUUUUUAAGUUCUAAAUAUUUUGUGUAUUGAUUUUUUUUUUAAUACUGCUUAUACUCAAUAAAAUUUUCUGUUUUUUGCAAAAUCUGCAGAG